AUGUCAUACUUGUGUUCCCUCAGAUUUGAGUCGCGAUUCUGCGUGAAUGUCUGCGCUGAUCCUGUGGGUGCUUUCGCUGUGCUUACAUACUGGAUACUCGUGCGAGUCAUUGAAAGGAGCCCAGAGCUGACAGUAAACGACUUCCCUGGAGUCCAAGAACUAGCUAGGGCAAUGAAGAAUCUAUGGUACGCGAUCGAGCCGACUCUAUUCACCCUGAAAGUCCAUUGCUUUGUCGACCAUGCACUUUUGGAAGACAUAUACGACGUUGGAACACCUUAUCAUUGGACCGCAAGUGCCUUCGAAAGCAUGCAUCGUCGCCUUCAACUCCGAGUAGCUCAGUGCACUACGAACGUUGAGGAUGCAGUCGUUGAGAAUUUCGUGAUGCGCAAAUACCUGCUUGGAAAGCUGGAAAAGGAAACUCAACGAUACAGCAAUGUGUUCAUGGACCGUUUGUAUGCCAAAUUUGCAGCAGGCGAAACGUUUAGGCCUUCCCCGGGUGACUGCAUACUUGAUUCCGACUGCCAUGUGCCACAAUCAAGCAUGUUGCGACUGGACGAUCUGUUCAUAGAACAUCAGCAAUACUUUGAAACAAGGCGACACCUUACGAGUUUC